CAACGUGGCGCUACACCCGCACGGGCCCACUGGACUGCCGCAAAAGCCACAGAUCGGAGAUCGCGACCAAAGCCGCCGGCGUGCUCUCUGAUAAACCGUGCACAGUGUGUGUGGUCCGCCUCGAAUCUAUCGACGGCGGCGGGAGGAGGAGAGAUGGAGGCGGCGGCGCCGGCGGGAGGAGGAGGAGGCGGCGGCGGGAGAUGGUGCGUGGUGACCGGCGGCCGCGGCUUCGCGGCGAGGCACCUGGUGGCCAUGCUGCUCCGCUCCGGCGAGUGGCGGGUGCGCGUGGCCGACCUGCCCCCGGCCAUCGCGCUCGACCGCGACGAGGAGGAGGGGGUCCUCGGCGCCGCCCUCCGCGAGGGCAGGGCCGCCUACGCCUCCGCGGACCUCCGCGACAAGGGCCAGGUCGCCAGAGCUUUUGAUGGGGCUGAAGUUGUUUUCCACAUGGCUGCACCAGAUUCAUCUAUCAACAACUUCCACCUUCAUUAUUCAGUUAAUGUUGAUGGAACAAAGAAUGUCAUUGAUGCAUGUAUACAUUGCAAGGUGAAGAGACUUAUCUACACUAGUUCACCAAGUGUAGUGUUUGAUGGAAUUCAUGGAAUCUUUGAUGCGGAUGAAUCAAUGCCUUACCCAGACAAGUUUAAUGAUUCGUAUUCAGAAACAAAAGCAGAUGCAGAAAAAUUGGUGAUGAGAGCUAAUGGCAGGGAUGCACUUCUUACUUGUUGUAUACGCCCAAGUAGCAUUUUUGGCCCUGGUGAUAAGCUACUGGUUCCUUCUUUGGCUGCUGCUGCAAGGGCAGGAAAGUCUAAGUACAUUAUUGGUGAUGGAAACAACUGCUAUGAUUUCACCUAUGUGGAGAAUGUGGCCUAUGGCCAUGUUUGUGCAGAGAAAACUCUAUCUUCUGAAGAUGGUGCUAAGAGAGCGGCUGGAAAAACCUAUUUCAUAACAAAUAUGGAGCCUAUCAAAUUCUGGGAGUUCAUGUCAUUGAUUUUGGAAGGACUCGGAUAUGAAAGGCCAUCGAUAAAAAUACCAGUUUCUGUUAUGAUGCCAGUGGCUCAUGUGGUAGAAUGGACAUAUAAGACAUUCUCUCGCUAUGGAAUGAGAGUUCCUCAGCUGACUCCUUCAAGGAUCCGUCUCCUCUCUUGCAACAGAACAUUCAGCUCCUCAAGAGCAAAAGAUCAGCUUGGUUAUGAACCCAUUGUGUCACUCAAGGAUGGACUGAAGAGAACAAUAGAGUCAUAUCCUCAUCUACAAGCUCAGAAUCAAAGGAGCAUAUCAAAAGCUUCAAUUUUCCUUGGGAAUGGAAAUUUCGCAAAAACAGUUCUCUGGGAAGACAAGAAGCAAACAAUGACUGUGCUACUACUAUUGGCUGUUAUAUACUACCACUUAUUUACAUGUGGUUACACCUUCAUUACAGCAAUGUCAAAGCUUUUUUCACUAACUGCACUGUUCUUGUUCAUUCAUGGGAUACUGCCUUCAAAUUUGUUCGGACACAAGGUUGAGAAGCUUGAGCCAUCAAACUUUCACAUCUCACAGGUGGAGGCACAUCAUAUUGCUCAUUCAGUCAGCUCAACAUGGAACUCUUUAGUUGGUGUACUAAAAUCUUUAUGCAGAGGAAAUGAUUGGCCACUGUUUCUCAAGGUGGUAUCCUCCCUACUGGUUGUGAGCAUCCUUAGUUCCAUGUCUUCGCAAUCUGCAUUCAAAAUAGGUAUUUCUAUGGUUUUCCUAGGCUUCAAAGCGUACGAGAAAUGGGAGGACACCAUUGAUAACUUGGUGGGUGAUGCAUGCUCGGUUGUCAUGCAUUUUGGUCCGAGCCAGAAAUCCUCAAGGCAGAAGCAUGCAGAUAAUUGAGUGGAAUCAUUUAGGGAGGUUUCAAUUUCAGUAAUGAUAGUUUUUUAUUCCCAGAACUUCGGCCAAUGUUCCUAUAGUGUUGUGAAAUAGUUCAUAGGCUCAUGUUUUGGGCAUUUCCAUAUGGUGGUGGAUGUGAUUUCAGGGAAUUAUGUUUUUUCUUCGAACAGAUUAUUUUUCUGCAUUUUAUCAUUGAGAGACGAGGGAUGGGUGCAUAAAAACAAUCAGAUUUUUUUCUUGAUUAUGCUGGGACUUAUGUUGUUGUGAAGUAAGAUAACUCAAAUAACUUUGUCACCCUUCA